AUCAGGGCAAUGACGGUGCGUUUCGUCUCUUGCAUAUCGGUGCAUAAUACUUGAAUAACAAUGGCUGUCAAAUUUGGGGGCCAGCAGGGAACGGGAUGAGGGGGGCGGAGACAGGGGUAAAGCUCCUCCUAUAGGCUCGUGCAAGCCCCAUCGACAUGACUGUGGACCCUACCAGAAUGGAUCGACCAGUAGUGCAGGAAUCGGCUGAAAAAGACGGCGGAUGUAAUCUGAGGCAGAGAGCCCUCUAUGUAUGAGGUGAUGCUUAUCCCCCAAGUAAUAUAUUGUGCUUUCAGAUACCGUUUUCUACAUUAUAAUUCUCAAAAAUAUCGUCAAUCCUCUUUGAAUCAGACAUGAAGACUAUGGCUUCUCUUCCUUUCCAGAGACAAAAGUCAAUGGCACUUUUACCAGCAACUUUAUUUCUCCUCUUUGUUAUCUUUUCGUUAUAUUACUUGCCGAGAGAAUCUCAAAUUCGGGAUUACAUUCAACAAUGGCCGUCCCACAGCGACGGAGUUCAAGCCCAAACUGAGCUUUCGAGUUGGACAACAGAUGUGCCUCCUGAGUACGAUGUCGAGCCCUACCAUUCUUCUUUUUGUGCCGAGCGUUACAGUCGAACAUAUCUCGAGAACUUGCGUGACUCCGCAACUGAAUACAGCAUGCCUAGUUCCUACGCCAAGCUGACCUGUUUCCAUACUAGCCAAUGGCCUGGUUCGGAUAGAGAUACUAUGUGCCUUGGACAAGGAGCAACAUGGAACGCUUUUGAGAAGAAGUUUCAGCUCGGUUGUGACAUUCGAACAUUGAAUGCCGAGGAAAAAGCUAAAGGGUACCCCGAGUUCAAUGAUUUUCGGUCUUACUGGUACGGUACCGGACCUAGACUUAUCUUCGACGAGUAUGUUUCCGAAGCUCGGCAUCUACGCCAAUACCCUACCACGACGAAUUACACCAUUCUUAUCAAACGUGAAGGUGCCUUGAACCCGUGGCACUGCCUUAUGGAAAUCUGGUCGACAAUGAUGACUAUAGACGUCCUACGAAUGUCUCUGAAUCCUGCCACGAACGCUCCUUUCUAUAUCUCCGAGGAUGUCCAGAACACUCAGAUAGUAAUCCUAGACGAUCAUGUCGAUGGGUUUUACAUAGAUCUCUGGAAAGCUGUUGCCCAAAGGCCAGUCACUAGAUUGAACGAGCUUCGCGAAACAACCGAGUUCGAGAAUCUCGUAAUUCCCUUAGCUGGUGGAAGCAAUCCUAUCUGGCAAGGAGACUGGUCCAUUCACGACUGCGGGCAGUCGGAACUAUUACGCACGUUUUCUGAUCGAGUCCUCAGCUUCUACAAUGUGGAGCCUUGGAAACCUCACAACGAUGAAAUCGUGAUAACCUACAUCGACCGUCGCCGUCGACGACUUGUUGGCCAAGAGUCCUACCUGGAACAGCUCCAAUUGCAAGAUCCCCACGUUAAAAUCCAACUGAUAGACUUUGAGUCCAUUUCCUUCGCCGAACAAAUCAAAAUGAUCCGAGAAACUGAUAUUCUGGUUGGAGUCCACGGCGCCGGCCUGACUCAUGGUAUCUUCCUCCCUGAGGGAUCAGUCAUGGUUGAGAUACUGCCAGAAGGUUUGAACCAUAACGGCUUUCGAAAUCUCGCUGGCCUUCGAUCACAUACAUAUUUGAGCGUGCAUGCCUCGAAACUGCCGGAACCUUCACGCGGACAAAAGCGUGCCGAAUGGCAUUUGGAUGAUGUGGCGCUAGACCGAGAGCGCUUCUUAGAUCUGAUGGAGGUUGCUACACGGAGCGUAUAUAACAAAGGCUUACGAAAUUAUGAUGUAAAUUAAUGAUUCCUUUUCUUUCUUUCUUGGGUCCAAUAUAGGGUUAUUAUUUACAGUAAGAUGACGGUGUUUAUGGUGGAGCGUUUGAUAUUCCAUAUUUAUCAAUAAUUUGGUAGUUUGUUUUCAUAUAUUACACAAAUUAAAAGGACUAAGACUUGUCUAAACGAAGUAUGUCGCCGUGUGAGUCAAUAUGUUCAGCAUUUUUGUGCCA